AUGUCUUCUCAAGCCCCUCACCCCGCCCUGCUCAUCCCGGGCCCCAUCGAGUUCGACGAUGAGGUGCUGGCGAGCAUGUCCCACUACAGCGAGUCGCACGUCGGAGCGCCGUUUGUCAAUACCUUCGGCGAGUGUUUAUCGAUGCUGCGGAAGCUGUUCCAGACGGAGAACCCGUCAAGUCAGCCUUUUGUCAUCUCCGGCUCUGGUACGUUGGGAUGGGAUCAGGUUGCUGCCAACGUGACCGAGCCUGGUGAAGAUGCGUUGGUUUUGCACACCGGAUACUUCGCGGACAGCUUUGCGGAUUGCUUCGAGACGUACGGUGUGAAUGCCACGCAGCUUAAAGCUCCCAUUGGCGACCGACCACAAUUGGACGAGGUUGAGAAGGCGCUGAAAGAGAAGAAGUACAAGGUCAUCACCGUCACACACACCGACACCUCCACCGGUGUGCUCUCCGAGAUCAAGCCUCUGGCCGACCUCGUCCACAAAGUCUCGCCCGACACCCUCAUCGUCGUCGACGGCGUCUGCAGCGUGGGCUGCGAGGACAUCCAGUUCGACGCCUGGGGCAUCGACGUCGUUAUCACCGCCUCUCAAAAAGCCAUCGGCUGUCCCGCUGGCCUCAGCAUCGUCAUGGCAAGCGGCCGCGCCAUCGAAGCCUUCAAGAACCGCAAGUCGCGGCCUAACUCCUACUUCGGGUCCUGGAAGAACUGGCUGCCCAUCAUGCAAAACUACGAAGCCAAGAAGCCAUCCUACUUCGCCACUCCCUCGCCUCAGCUCAUCCACGCCUUGCACACAGCGCUGAAGCAGAUCCUCUCACAGCCACUCGCAGACCGCUUCGCGCGGCACAAGAAGGUCAGCCAGGGCGUGAAGAAGGAGAUCGAUGCCAUGGGCUUGAAGCAGCUGGCCUCGAAGCCGGAGAACCAAGCCAGCGGCAUGACUGCGAUUUACCUGCCAGAGGGUCUGACACCCCCUGAGAUUCUGCCGACUUUGAUGAAGAAGGGUGUUAUUUUCGCUGGCGGCUUGCACAAGGAGAUUGCGGCGAAGUAUAUCCGGUUCGGGCAUAUGGGUGUUAGUGUGAUGAGCGAGCAGAGGGAUGAUAUCUCGAGGGCACUGAAGGCGUUGAAGGAGGGGCUGGCGGAGGUGAACGCGACGAAGGGUGGGAAAUAG